AUGACGCGUACGAGGUCUGCCACUGCAGGGGACGCCAUGGCAGCAGCAACGGCAGCAGCCAGCACGAAUGGCAACAACACCACGGCCGCGGGGGGCACUCACGCCAACGGCAGCACCUCGCCCCUCGACAUCCUGCCCUCGAUCCGGUUCUCAACCUUCUACGAUCCGCGCGCGACGCGGCCCUCGCUGACGUUCACGCCGAUCGCGCGGACGCUGCCCACGGGCAGCGAGGUGAUCCGGGUGGGGCGGUACAGCGAGCGGGACAGCCAGCCGCCGGUGCCGGUCAACGUGCCGAGCGCGGCGCCGGUGGGCUUCAAGAGCAAGGUGGUGAGCCGGCGGCACUGCGAGUUCUGGUACGAGGGCGGCAAGUGGUACAUCCGCGACGUCAAGAGCUCGUCGGGCACGUUCCUCAACCACAUCCGCCUCAGCCCGCCCGGCACCGAGAGCAAGCCCUUCCCCGUCAACGACGGCGACAUUGUCCAGCUGGGCAUCGACUUCAAGGGCGGCGAGGAGAUGAUCUUCCGGUGUGUCAAGAUGCGGCUGGAGCUGAACCGGGGGUGGCAGAACAAGCUGAACACGUUCAACAUGACCGCGCACAAAAGGUUACGAAACAUAACCAAGUCGAACGAGAAGACCGAGGGCUCGGCCCAGUCAUAUUCUCAGGACUGCUCCAUCUGUCUAAAUUCGAUUGCUCCAUGCCAAUGUCUCUUCGUGGCUCCCUGCUCGCACACGUGGCAUUACAAAUGCAUACGCAGCCUGCUCUCGUCGCCGCAGUACCCCAUCUUCAUAUGUCCAAAUUGCAGAGCGGCCGCCGAUCUCGAGGCCGAGGUGGAGGACCCAGAGGAGUGGGAGCAGGAGGAGAGCGAAGCCGACGGCCAGGAGGCGGACGGCAAAACCAACGGAGACACAGCCGAGCCAUCAUCGACGGCUCCGAGGGACAGCUUACAGGCUCCGCAGACGUCGGCAGAAGGCAGCGGGAGACGGUCGACGGACCGGUCCAGAGCGGUGUCGGACAGGGCCCGGCCUUCGUCAGAGAGGAAACGCAAGACGCCAACGGCCAGCCCGCGCCCCGGCCCCGCGCAGGUCGACGACGAGAUGGACGUCACGAUGCAGAUGCAGCUCGACGAGCCGGCGCCCGUCCAGCCCGUACGGAUCAACACUGCCGUCUCGACUGCCUCGGCCUCCAACACGGGUGCCAGCACGCCCUCGACCAUCGACUCGACGCGCCAGGUGCCCUCGCACGCCGUCUCGCAGCCAGUGCCGAUACCGAACGCAGCCGCCGGCGCCUCGGCGUCGGGCAGCGGCGGUGGACGAAGUACGCGGACGCCGAGCCCGAACGGCGGCAGCGGCGUGCCUGGUCUGAACGGGACCGAAGGACCGAUCACCCCUAGGAACGAUGCCGGUCCCUGGGUCUUUGACGGCAGCGGGUUGCGAGCGCGGGCGAGCGACGGCGGCAUCACGCGAAUGGAGAGCCUGGACGGUGUUGCUGGCGCUGAGAUUGACUGA